GCGGCAAAGAUGACCGCGGCACGGUACCGUCCCACAUGGGAGCUGGCAAUGGACCCUCUGGUCUCAUGUAAGCUGUGCCUUGGAGAGUUCCCCCUUGAGCAGAUGACCACCAUCACACAGUGCCAAUGUGUCUUCUGUACACUGUGCCUGAAGCAGUAUGUGGAACUUUUGAUCAAAGAAGGCCUUGAAACUGCAAUUAGUUGUCCAGACUCUGCCUGUCCAAAAAGAGGACACUUACAGGAAAAUGAGAUUGAGUGCAUGGUAGCCACAGAUAUGAUGCAGAGAUACAAGAAGCUUCAGUUUGAAAGAGAGGUGCUGCUGGACCCUUGCCGGACGUGGUGCCCCUCCUCGACCUGCCAGGCUGUGUGCCAAUUAAAGGAAGCCGAUUCUCAAGCUCUGCCCCAGCUGGUGCAGUGUGCCGUUUGCGCGCAUGAAUUUUGUUCAACAUGCAAAGCCAACUGGCACCCUGGUCAGGCCUGCUCAGAGAACAACCUUCCCAUCUCCUCUUUCCUGCCAGGGGAAAACAGCUCUUUCUAUAAGAACGAUGAGAACGACGCCCCCAUCAAACGCUGUCCUAAAUGCAAAGUUUACAUCGAGAGGGACGAGGGUUGUGCACAGAUGAUGUGCAAGAACUGCAAGCAUGCCUUCUGCUGGUACUGUCUGGAAUCCCUCGAUGACGACUUCCUCCUGAUUCACUACGACAAAGGGCCUUGUCGAAACAAACUGGGCCACUCCAGGGCGUCCGUGAUCUGGCACAGAACACAGGUGGUGGGGAUCUUUGCCGGAUUUGGCCUACUCCUGCUGGUUGCCUCCCCUUUCCUCCUCCUGGCCACACCCAUCGUCCUGUGCUGCAAGUGCAAGUGCAGCAAAGGUGACGACGACCCUCUGCCCACUUAA